GCCACAUUUUGGUUGUUUACAAAACUGAAUUUUCAUUUCGAAUUCACAAUUUUGCUAGUUAUAGUUAUUUGCUUGUUUAUUGAAGUUUAAUUCAGUUUUAAAGUAUUGUGCUAAUUGAUUAAGAGACUAAUCUAUAAAAUGGAAGUCGAUAAACCUAUUGAAAAGAUGGAUAUUGACGAGAUCGGCGAAAGUUCAUCAAAAAAGCAAAUUGUUGCAAAAUCAAUGCAGCCUUCUGUAGUUAUAUCACUACAUCCACUAGUUUUAAUGAAUAUCUCAGAACAUUGGACACGUAUUAGAGCUCAGGAAGGAAGUUCCCUUGCUGUUUAUGGUGCUUUAAUUGGAAAACAGGAAGGACGAAAGAUUGAAAUUUUCAAUUCCUUUGAACUGAAGUAUGAGACAAUUGAUGGCGAUAUUGUGAUUAAUCGAGAUUAUUACAAUACUAAGGAAGAGCAAUAUAAGCAAGUAUUUAGUGAUUUAGAUUUUUUGGGAUGGUACACGACUAGUCCAGCACCGACUGACAAACAUAUUAAAAUUCAUCGUCAGAUUUGUCAAAUCAAUGAAAGUCCAAUAUUGCUUCUCAUGGAUACUAGCAAUAAACACGUUGAACAACUUCCUAUACAACUUUUUGAGUCUGUAAUUGAUAUUGUUGCUGGAGAAGCAACGAUGUUAUUUGUUCCACUUACUUAUACAUUAGCAACAGAGGAAGCAGAGCGUAUAGGUGUUGAUCAUGUUGCUCGAGUGGCUCAAUCCAAUGACACUAAUUCAAACUCUUUCGUUGCUGAUCAUCUCAUUGCACAACAUGUCGCUAUAAAAAUGCUUCAUUCGCGUGUCAAGUUAGUUUUGGAAUAUGUUGAGGCAGUUUGUGAAGGUAAACUUAAGGCAAAUCAUGAAAUUUUGAGAGAAGCAUUUACUUUAAGUCAUCGUUUACCAGUCGUUCAAAAUCCAAUGUUUAAGGAAGAAUUUCACACACAGUCAAAUGAUGUCGGAUUAAUCAUGUAUUUGGGUACUUUAACAAAAGCCGCAAAUGACAUUAAUCAGCUAGUAAACAAAUUCAAUUUACUACAUGAUCGUCAAAGCCGUCGAAUGCGUUUCUUCUUCUAAAAUCCUUAUCGCAAUUUUAUAAUUACCAUAAACAAUACUAAAAGAAUGAUACAAAGAAUAAAGGAUACUAACAAGAAAUUACAUACUUAAAUUGCUCAAAAAUCAAAUUUUUAUUAAGGUAACAG